AUGGAAGACUCUCGAUACCCAGGGCCUGCUGUGGAAGAUGUCUCUCCGCUUGGGAAAGCUCUCCACUUUGAUUUCUCAACGCGUUCUGCACCUAACCGGUUCCUCAAGGCCGCAAUGACGGAGCGCCUGUCCACCUGGCAUACCAAGGACUUGGCUCAAAGAGGCAUUCCGACGCCAGAAAUCAUCAAUGCUUAUUGGAGGUUCGGCGGUGGUGGCAUUGGAAUGAUUCUGACUGGGAACAUCAUGGUUGACCCCAUCAAUAUUGAAGGGCCAGGAAAUUUGAUAGUGCCCGGUGGUGCACCACUAUCUGGGCCUCACUUCCAAGCUUUCCAGGAACUCACAAAGGCUGGAAACCAUGAUGGGAGCUUGAUGAUUGGCCAAAUAUCGCACCCGGGUCGCCAAGGGCAAGACUGCUUUCAGAAAGAACCAGUCUCUGCAUCGACAGUCGGUAUCGACAAGGAGUUCCUUUCUCAACGCACGAAUAACCGGACCGACGAAUACGGCGGCUCGUGGGAAAAUCGAGCCCGUAUCAUUGUUGAACUGGUCGAUUCGAUUCGCGCUCAAGUCCUGAUAUCCUCGGGGUUUGUGUUGGGAAUCAAGCUGAAUUCUGUCGAGUUUGAUACCAAGGGAUUCAGCCCAGAAGAGUGCGCAAAGCUGUGCCAACUCCUCGAAAGAAAGUGCAACUUCGAUUUCAUCGAGCUUUCGGGGGGCACAUAUGAGGAUAUGGCCUUUGAGAGCACAAGCGAGAAUCGACCAAGAAGAGGGAAGCAUUUUCCUAGAGCCUUGGACACUGUGGACGGCAUCGGGCUGGGGAGGCCAUUCUGUGCUGAGCCUUCUUUGGCCCGGGACAUUAUCCAGGGUCGAGUCAAAACCGGCUGCAUCAGGCAAAAGUUUAGUGAGCAGGACUAUGGACUGAGUGAAACAGUCGCGGGCACUCAGAUAUGCCAGAUGGGUCAAGGAAGAGAACCGAUGGAUCUGACCAAGGAUCAUGUCAUUGCAGCCUUUGAAAGAAGUAUGAAGAUUUGGGAGGAAAGGCUUGGCAAGGAUGAUAAGAUGGAGGUGUACGGAUAUGUCGACGUCGAAGGGAUUGACUUGCCACAAUAUUUACGUGGAGGAGCGAUUGAGCGCCUCUAG